AUGUCACCGGCGAAGAAGGCCAGGGGCAGACCGCCAGCUGCCAACAAAGUCACGAAACCGGCUCAGAGGACCACAAAGGGUUCCGCGGCUGGCAAGCUUGCAGCGGCAAUCGGCAAAGCAGGGGAAGAGGCUGUCAUCGACAUAUCAAGCAAAGCUGGCGGCAAGGCUUCAAAGAGAGGCCGCAAACCUGCCGAGAAGAUUGAAAUUCAGCAAGAGGAAGACGAGGACGAGGACGAGGAUGCGGCGGCAGGGGCUGUCGACAGCAUGGUCGAGACAGAAGAGGACACUACCCCGCCGGUGAUGACGACCACAGCGAAGGCCAGGGGACGGCCAAAGGCGGCAGCUACGAUUGCGAUGGCUACAGACGCAUCGAAAGAGAUGCCGGGCUCUAUUACGAGGGGGAUCGCAAAGUCGACUAAGCGAGGGCGUCGUGCAGGAACAAAACCAAUUCGGGAUGAAGAAUCUGAAAUUCCAGAGACACAGGCUCAAGAUGGUAUGGAUAUUGACACGGAAGGCGAUGACCACUUCGACGAACUGCCAGUACCGAGGCCGUCAACACAUCGCGUUGAUCGUGCUAGUGGGAACCUGGAUUUGGAGGCUAGCGAUGUGCAAAUACGGAGGCGCUUAGGCGACGCAAUUAGGAAGUACGACAACCUGGCAGCCAAAUACCGUGAUCUUCGGGACAUCGGGGUCAAGGCAGCAGAACGGAAUUUUGAUAAUCUCAAAAAAGAGAGCGAGGAACGAGCAACUACUGCAAACGAACUCAUUGCCCAUCUCAAGGCCGACCUUGCAGAGCAACGUAGCUUGGCAAAAGAAGGACAACAACGCAAAAAGCAGCUCGAGGAAAUGGAAGCCAAACUGUCAGCAUUGACGGCAUCCCUGUCCGAGGCAAAGCAGGAGAGCAAGACUUUGUCAACACGGUUGGCCGCGAGCAGGUCUGCUGAAGCUGCAGCAAGUGCCAAGGUACCUGGGAGCGCGGUCAAGGGCGGAAGCGCGGCCGCACGAGCCAUUGCUAGCUCGGAUGUUGUGCAAACGGGACAGUUAAAAGAGGAUCUUUAUGGCGAUUUGACCGGCUUAAUUGUCAGGGUUACCAAGCGUGACUCGGCGGGCCAGGUCUUUGAUUGCAUCCAGACGGGGAGGAACGGAACACUUCACUUCAAACUUGAAGUUGAGAACGAGAGCUCCGGCGAAAACUACGAGGAGGCGCAUUUCACGUACAAGCCGCAGCUAGACUCCAACAGAGAUCGCGACCUCAUCGACAUGCUGCCAGAUUUCCUUGUUGAAGAGAUCGAGUUCCCUCGGCCGCAUGCGGCAAAGUUCUAUGCGCGUGUUAUCAAAUCUCUGACGGAGCAACUCGACUAA